AUGGCGGGCCGCCUAGGCGCCGAGGCGAGUGGUGGCGCCGAGGCGAGUGGCAGCGCCGAGACCGCCGCCGAGGCGGCGGACGAGGACGAGGAGGCGCAUGUGCUGCAGCUGCCAUCGGGCAUCGCCGCCGACGCGACCGAGUGCUUCGUCGUCGACGGCUCGGCGCACGAGGUGCACGUGUUUAGCACAGCCGACGGCUCCCGCCUGCGCCGCCUCGGUCAGCGCGGCACGUGGCCCGGCCAGUUUGAAUUCCCGUGGGGCGUCGCGCUGUGGCGGCCGCCCGGUGCGGGGUCCGGCGGCGCGGCCGAGCGGCGGCUCCUCGUUGCCGAGGGCGCGGCGAGCGGCGGGCGGCGCGGCCGGCUGCAGGUGCUCGACGCGGCCGACGGCGCGCACCUGCAGACCCUCGUCACGCCGAGCGCUGGCCGAUUGAGUGGGGUGUGCGUCGACGCCGAGCAAGCGCGCGUGUGCCUCGUCGACCACUCGGCCAAGGCGGUGCGCGUGCUGGCGCGCUGGGAGGCGGCGGACGCCGGGGCGGCGAGCCGGCCGAGGGAGCCGUCGACCAGCGAGGCCGGCAAGCCAGAGGUCGGCAUCAGUUAG